GAAGGAAAGAGGAGAAAGGCAGAGAUUGCAUUGACAACAACCGAAAAACAUUUUAUAACUAAACACUUCUCGAGAAGAAGCAGCCAGCAUGAAAACCAUUUUGUCUGUCGCUUUCCUCAUCGUGGCUCUUUGCCUGGUCUCUGAGGCUGUGCAAGUCCAGGAAGGCGAUUUUUCUUUUUCACUGGACUCGGUGAAGGUUCUCCAGCAAUUAAUCGGCCAACCACAAACACAAAACCCUCGGUUGACCAAGACGAGUUACUUUUCUGUAUGUUCCAAUCCCACGCUGCCUCAGGAGUUUGUGCCUCUGUGCAUGAAGAGAGGAGCAACAAUGUCCUUCGCUAGGCUAGCAUCUGUGCCUGUGGACGUCUGUGAAAUAUGUGCUUUUGCGGCCUGUACCGGUUGCUAAUUCCUUCCAUCAUCCCCUCGCUUGAUUAUCAUCACCUUCACUUCAUAAAAUCCGCGUACUUUCAUCUUCUGCCAUAAGUUCUAACAAUUGAACAUUGCGAAUGUUGCCUGAAUGGCAGAACACGGUUUAUGAACUGUUACUUAAAUUUAAUUCCCUUCUUUUCUUUCCCAUGUUUUGUUACAGCACAUAUUUCAUUUAUUUAAGAAAGAAGUGUCUUUUUUAUUUGACUGUUUCUCUGUUUUAUACUCCUUUAUGUGUGGCAAUGCCUCAGUGUUCAAUAAAAAAGAAUAAAAAAAGCCGAAAAUCUG